GCUAUAAGCAUUAAGAUGCUAUCUCUCCUUGUUGUCUUGCUGGGUCUCCUCCUAGGCCUUCAACUUUGGAGGAAGUUGCAGGGAAACAACGGAAAUCUUCCACCUGGCCCCAAGCCACUUCCUAUCAUUGGCAAUGUGAGAGAUUUGCCUCCCAGUGAUAUUCCUGAGUAUCAGCAUUGGCUUAAAUUCAAGGAUCUUUACGGCCCCAUAAGCUCCAUAAGCUUGCUUGGACAGCCAAUUAUCUUUCUUCACGAACAUGAUGCAGUUCGGGAUCUCUUGGUGAGAUCAUCAAAAAUUACCUCAUCUCGACCUUCCUUCGCUUUUGCCGACAUGUGCGGGUUUGGGGCGCUUCUAAACCUUCUACCAUACAACUCUACAUACCGCCUACAGCGUCAGAUGAUUCACAAACGUUUCGGUACCAAGACAGCAGCAGAAUGUUUCAAGGACGCUGAAUCUAUAGAAUCACACCGCUUCCUUUUAAAAACGCUGGAUGACCCAACUAAUCUGUUAGAGCACGUUAAAUCCGAGGCGAGCGCCAUCAUUCUACGUAUCACAUAUGGUUACUCCAUAAUCCCGCAUGGCUCCGAUCCAUUGGUUUCGUUAAUUGAGGAAACAAUGGACGCCUUUGGUCUUGCAUCUGACCUUCUUACUUGGCCAGUUAACGCUCUUCCUUUCCUCAAACAUCUUCCCGAAGGGUUUCCAGGCACGUCCUUUAAGAAGACGGCCCGAGAAUGGAGCAAGCUAGUCUACAAGACGCUCAAUGUUCCCUACGAUUUUGUUCGGCAGGAGAUGGCCAAAGGAACCCACAUCCCUUCAUACGUCUCGUCACUCAUCGAGCAGGACAAAGAAGCUAAUGGUGAAGCGGUUGUAAUAGACGCAACUAGAGAAGAUGUCAUCAAGAAGACUGCCGCUGUAAUGUAUGGUGGUGGGUCCGAUACAACUGUUGCAUCCAUUCAUGCAUUUAUUCUGGCAAUGAUAUUAUUCCCAGAAGUUCAGAAGAAGGCCCAAAAGGAAAUCGAUACCGUUGUCGGCGGUAAUAGAUUGCCCCAGUUCGAAGAUCGAGACCAGUUGCCGUACAUCAACGCUGUAGUCAAUGAAAUCUUUCGGUGGCAUCCUGUUGCACCGCUAGCUAUACCCCAUAAGGUCGAUGAAGAGAUCAGUUACAGAGGUUUUCAAAUCCCAAAAGGAGCGUAUAUUAUAGGGUCAGUUUGGUGGCUCUUGAAUGAUCCGCAGACAUAUUCAAAUCCAUCUUCUUUUGAUCCUGAUCGGUUUCUAGAGCCUCGCAAUGAGCCGGACCCUACUUAUGCAAACUUUGGAUUUGGCCGCAGGACUUGUCCUGGUCGGUUUGUGGCAGAUCAAACUCUUUUCAUUACUGUCGCUCGUAUGUUGGCGGUAUUUGACAUUAGAAACGCUGUCGACAAAUCAGGCAAAGAAAUUAUACCGCAGAGAGUUGGCAGCCCUGGCUUGAUCAUGCGUGUGCGUGACUUUCCAUUUAGCAUUAGGCCCAGAAAUGAGCAGUAUGUAUACAUCAUCAGGUCUUUCAAAACAGAGCACCCGGAGGAAAAUCAUACAAUUAAAGGUCUCAUCAAUGUAUAAUAUUCUAUA